CGACAAAAUGGGCUAAGAACACGGGUCGGGCAAAGAUUUGAAUUUCCCGUAAUUCUUCCAUGGCGUUUCGGUCGCAAACCCAAAUCCAAACCUUAAAUUAAAAUUAAUUCAGGAAAAAAAAAAAUUCCAAUUCCUGGAGCUUUGGAUCUCUCUCUUUCUCCCAGAAAGGAUCUGUUCGUUUGAAGCAGUGUCUUGACAGAUCGAGCUCAAACAACAAUCUGUUAUUGCUACAUUUCUAAGGUGCAAACACAAGCCUUAAUUUCAGAUCUUUCCACUUUUUUUUUUUUUGGGUUUUUGUUGAAUUAUUUAUCAUUUCACUGUAAUUUUGUUCCUGCGCUUGAAUUCGCUAGAUCUAGAGAGGGAAAAUGGCAACAAUCGAUGAACCUUUGUACCCAAUUGCUGUUCUUAUUGAUGAGCUCAAAAACGAGGACAUUCAGCUCCGUUUGAACUCAAUUCGUAGGCUUUCUACAAUUGCACGUGCACUUGGGGAGGAGAGGACCCGGAAGGAAUUGAUUCCUUUCUUAAGUGAGAAUAAUGAUGAUGAUGAUGAAGUGCUUCUUGCAAUGGCUGAAGAAUUGGGGGUCUUCAUUCCCUAUGUUGGUGGUGUCGAGCAUGCCAAUGUGUUGCUUCCACCUCUUGAGACUUUGUGCACUGUUGAGGAAACUUGCGUCAGAGACAAAGCUGUGGAGUCCUUAUCUAGAAUUGGGGCACAGAUGAGGGAGCAGGACUUGGUUGAGUAUUUUAUACCACUAGUUAAGAGACUGGCGGCUGGUGAAUGGUUUACAGCUCGAGUUUCCUCAUGUGGCUUGUUUCAUAUUGCUUAUCCUAGUGCUUCUGAGACUUUUAAAACUGAACUACGGGCGAUAUACAGUCAGCUAUGUCAAGAUGACAUGCCCAUGGUUCGAAGAUCUGCAGCAACAAAUCUAGGAAAAUUUGCUGCUACUGUUGAGCCUGCUUAUUUAAAGACUGAAAUCAUGUCGAUAUUUGAGGAUUUGACACAAGAUGAUCAAGAUUCUGUUCGACUAUUGGCUGUUGAGGGUUGUGCAGCUCUUGGAAAGUUGUUGGAACCCCAAGAUUGUGUGGCACAUAUUCUCCCUGUCAUAGUUAAUUUCUCACAGGAUAAGUCUUGGCGUGUUCGUUACAUGGUUGCAAACCAAUUAUAUGAGCUAUGUGAAGCUGUUGGCCCUGAAUCUACCAGGGCGGAUCUGGUUCCUGCAUAUGUUCGGCUACUUUGUGAUAAUGAAGCUGAAGUACGUAUAGCUGCUGCAGGCAAAGUAACUAAAUUUUGUCGGAUUUUGAAUCCAGAACUUGCAAUCCAGAGGAUUCUUCCUUGUGUAAAGGAAUUGUCCACAGAUUCAUCCCAACAUGUUCGUUCUGCUUUGGCUUCAGUUAUAAUGGGAAUGGCACCAGUUUUGGGGAAGGAUGCAACAAUAGAGCAACUACUGCCCAUUUUUCUCUCUCUUCUGAAAGAUGAAUUUCCUGAUGUCCGCCUUAAUAUUAUCAGCAAGCUUGAUCAAGUCAAUCAGGUAAUUGGAAUUGAUUUACUUUCCCAGUCCCUGUUGCCAGCAAUUGUAGAGCUUGCAGAGGAUAGGCACUGGAGAGUCCGGCUUGCAAUAAUAGAAUACAUACCUUUAUUGGCUAGUCAGUUGGGUGUAGGAUUUUUUGAUGAUAAGCUUGGUGCUCUUUGCAUGCAGUGGUUAAACGAUAAGGUUUACUCAAUUCGGGAUGCAGCAGCUAAUAAUGUGAAGCGCCUCGCAGAAGAAUUUGGCCCAGAUUGGGCAAUGCAGCACAUAGUUCCUCAGGUUUUGGACAUGAUUAAUAACCCACACUAUCUGUAUCGAAUGACCAUUCUACAUGCAAUUUCUCUUCUUGCUCCUGUUAUGGGCUCAGAAAUUACUUGUUCCACACUUCUUCCUGUUGUCGUCAGUGCAUCAAAAGAUAGGGUACCCAAUAUCAAAUUCAAUGUGGCUAAGGUGUUGCAGUCACUUAUUCCCAUAGUUGAUCAGUCGGUGGUGGAGAAGACAAUUCGUCCAUGUUUGGUUGAGCUGAGCGAGGAUCCAGAUGUUGAUGUCAGAUUCUUUGCUACUCAAGCACUACAGUCGAGUGAUCAGGUCAUGAUGUCUACCUAGUACCUAGAUUGAAUGUUUUAAUUAGGAAUUCUUCUCCCUUUCCAAUUCAAGUUCAGUUAUCAUCUUACUGAUAUAUGUAAUACCUAAGGUGUCUUCCUUUGAGACAAAUCUUUUUCCCUUGGACACUUGGGUAUAUUUUUUAGAGUCGUGAAACACAUCACUAGUUAUAGCUUCUGCCAUGUGGUGCUAAUGCCAUUUCUGGUUGUACUA